AUGUUAUCAUCUUCGUAUAUGUUCUGUAUCGCUCUGUACUCGGUUCUAUUUUAUCCAAUAGCAUUCGCCUUAAUUUACAAUGAUCAGUGUACAACAUCAUGUGACUUGCCUGGCUUGGCCUGUAUAAAUAACCGGUGUAUAUGCGACUCGAAACAGAAAUUGUUCUGGACUGGUGCGCGGUGUGAUUCAUGCCCAACCCAUUGGACAAUGACUGAAACAGCGUGUAUCGUUCUAUAUGACACUUUGACGACUUGGAAUGCGGCACAAGCAACGUGCAAAAGCGACAAAGCGAAUUUAGUUAGCUUUCGCCAUAAAGAUAUAUUACCAAUCAUAUUUGCGUUAACUCGUCGGGGCUUACUAGCUUCAAAGGAUGAUCUUCGUGUGUGGACAAGUGCUCAUACUGACGAUGUUGAUAAGGGACAAUAUCAAUGGUUAGAUACCACUCAAAGCAAUUUCGAUUCGAAGAGCUCCUGGUGGUGUAAACAAGCUAACACCACAUCAGGUUAUUCGUAUCUUUACAAUGAACCGACAAAGUUCAAUACUUUCAACGAGCCGGAAGCAUGUGUAGCUGUUUGGCGUGGUAUCACUCAAUCUGGGAAUAUAACAUGUUUAGAUGAUCGGAUUUGUUCACUAUCAUUUCCAUUUCUCUGCGAAAAAUCUGAGUCAACAGCACAAGAACACCUUGGUCCUCCACCUGUCAUCAACAACAGUGGUUCCACUACUGAUAGCAAUGGUAAUAGUAAUGGGACAUACAUAGCUGAUUCGAAUACGACCAAGGCAAUAAUGCUAAGUAACUUUGAUGUUUUGAAUUCUGCAGCUGAAGGAGAGACUGUUCCAGUUCCAAAACAAUCAAUUCGAUCCGAGAAUACGAGAAGUGAAACGGUUGUUAGUGAAGUUCCCAUGGUGAAAGCUGUGGACAUCCUACCACAGAAAAACAAACGUGCAGGCUAUUCAAAACAACAAUUCGAUGAAUUUGAUUAG